AUGUUUGGUUCUUCGCUCAAGUCAAUCUCGAUUUUCCUCCUACUCCAAACUGCUCAAUGUUGCGCGCCAAAUGACGCGCGACAAGCUGGCAAUGACACCAAUUCCACGCCUGAGCAUCCUUACGUAGUCCGUGGCGAUGACAGCCCUGCCGAUCUACAAACCACGGGUUAUUACGUUAACCACUUCUCGUUGAACGUGAACAACCUGACCCGGUCCAUCGACUUCUACACCAGAGUGUUCGGUAUGCGAUUCAUGUUCACAUAUCAUCUUACGCCUCACCUCUCAUUCACAUAUGUGACCCACAGCCAAGGUGGUCGUAAUGGCACUGGGUACCAAACAAAUGGAGAGUUGAUUCGGGAGAAGAACAACAAUGGCGGAGCAAUCGAGUUCGUACACUUCACACCACCGAACAAGAAGGAUAUUGAAGGGCCGAAAGUUCGUGCGACUACUUUAAGUCACGUUGGAAUGGUUGUUCCCGACCCAAAAGCAACGCAAGAAAGGCUCAAACAGCAAGGAGUCCCAAUUUAUAAGGGUGUUGGAGAAGAUAUGCCUACGGAGGGGCCAUUUGCAAGUCCGUUUUACUUGGGCGACGCGACAAACUUGAGCCCUGAUGACUUCGCGGCCAUUCAAGCUGGCAUGACGAAACUCAAUUUUCAAAAUAUCUUUGCUGAGGAUCCGGAUGGCAAUCUUUUGGAGAUUAUACCCAGAGAAGAGAGUAUAUCAUUUUGA